UUAUAUAAAUCAUGAAAUUAACAAGAAAGAAAAGUAUUCUUUUAUUGGAAGAUGGAACCAUCUUUAAAGGCUGGUCCUAUAAUCAAAAUUUUACAUGUUUUGGAGAAGUUGUAUUUAAUACAGGAAUGACUGGAUAUCAGGAAAUUAUUACUGAUCCAAGUUACUAUGGUCAAAUUACAAUAUUAACUUAUCCCGAAAUAGGUAAUACAGGGUUUAACAUAGAAGAUAAUGAAUCAAAGGAUAUAAAAAGUUAUGCUUUAAUCGUAAAAAAUUUUUGUUUAUUCUCUUCCAAUUGGAGAAUGCAAACAUCUAUGUUAGACUAUAUAAAUCAUCUGAAAUUACCAGUUAUAUUUGGAUUUGAUACAAGAUCAUUAGCUAAAUAUAUUAGAUCAAAAGGAUCAAUGAACGGCUGUAUAUCAAAUGAAGAAUUUAAGAUAUCAUCCUUAGCUAAUAAACUAAAACAAAAACCUAAAAUGAAAGGUUUAAAUUUAAUUCAAUAUUUAGAUAAUACUAAAAAUUAUAAAUGGGCUAAUUUGGGAGAGACCUUAUUAAAUAGUCAUAGAUUAUAUUAUUAUGCGAAUAAUGAAAAUACAAAUGUAAACAUAGAAAAGAAAAAAAACAAAUAUAAUUGUCUGAAAAUUUGUGUUAUAGAUUUAGGUACUAAAUUUAAUAUUUUAAGAAACUUUAAUAAAAAAGAUUGUUUUGUUAAAGUAUUUAAAAAUAAUAUAAAGAUUGAAGAUAUAAAAGAUGAAAAUCCAGAUGGCAUAGUAUUAUCUAAUGGCCCUGGUGACCCGUUAGCGUUAAAUGAUGAAAUUCAAUUAGUAAAAGAAAUAAUAAAACUAAAUAAGCCAAUUCUUGGUAUAUGUAUGGGGCAUCAGUUAUUAAAUAUCGCAUUUGGUUGCCAAACAUUUAAAAUGAAAUUUGGACACAGAGCAAUUAAUCAUCCUUGUGGUUUAUAUUUAAAAGCAAAAAUAACAAGUCAAAAUCACGGAUUUUCAGUUGAUGAAAUUUCUAUAGACAAAAAUUUCAUAUAUAUAAACAACUGGAAUUUUAAUGAUAAUACCAUUGCUGGAAUGAGUCAUAAAAUUUUGCCUAUUUUUUCAAUUCAAUAUCAUCCCGAAGGAGCACCAGGCCCUCACGAUACCGAUGAUAUUUUUAUAAAAUUUAUAAAUAUUAUUCAAUUAUAUAAAAGCAAUAAUACUAUAAGAACAAUAGAGCCUAUUAAAUUUUAAGAAAAAGCUUCAUGCUCAAAUAACAUUUUAAGAAUUUGUGUUCCACGAAUUUGAUUAAAUAAGGGUAAAUGUCCUAGAGGCGCAUUAAGGUUCCAAAUAAAUUCAUCCGGAUAACGACACAAUUUAUUAUUAUUUUUCCAACCAAUAUUUUGAAAAAAUAAAUUCCAAUUUUUUGAAUUUUUUAACCAAAUGUUUUUUUGAAUACUAAAUCCAAAUCUGUUAUCAGAAUAUUUACUCCAUAAGCGAUCUAAACAAAUAAGCUUAUCAGAAGGUAAAAUCUUAAUAUCAGUAAAAUAAAACCAAUAUCUUUUAUGCAAACUCGGUUUACGAAGACUAAGUAAAUAGAUGUAUGUAAGUUCAUUAGCAGCUUUAAAAUCUUGUUUAGAUAAUAGGUCUUCUAUUUGUAUUAGGCUUACUGAGCUAGAAUUAAUAUGUGUUUCAGAUAUAGGCAUAAAAGUUCGAGAUUGUAUUAUAUAAAAAGUUAAUUUUUAUUUUUUUUUAUAUACCCUUUAAAUAGGGUUAAAUAAUUUGUAAUAUUGCAAAUUAAUAAUAAAAUAAUUAAAAUUAAUAAUGGAAUAUAAAUAAUAUAUUUUAUAGGAUGAAGCUUGUAAAUAUUAUAAUAUUUAUAUAUAUUAUAUAUAUCUUUAUAUUGUAGUUUACCAUUAUAAGUGAAAGUAAAUAAUGUAUAUUUAUU